UUCCAAGAUUCUUUCUCCCAGAGUCAACAGUACUAGUAUCUCCGGCGUCGGCCCUAGUAACCAAGUUACAUACUCUGCAGCGAAUUUGGCAAUACUGUGUAUAUAUCCAUUGAGAGUCUCCAUCAAGAAAGACCAAAGUCGAAAGAGGCUCCUGACAACUACUACUACUUAGUACUAUUGAUAGACCGGGAGAAAAACCUCCUCGUCUCAUCACAUCUAAUCCAAGACUGCAGUGACUACAAAGAUGGACGGCCGACAAUACAAACACCUGACGUCGGAGCAAGUCGAGUCAUUCAUGGAACAUGGCUUCCUCCGUAUACCGGGCUGUUUCACGCGCGAGGCGGCCGAGGAAUGGACAAAGGACGUCUGGACACGGCUUGGGUUCGACCCCAAGGACCCAGAGACCUGGACCGAGGAGAGGACGAACAUGCCGUCGCACCACAGCGUGGCGAUCAGGGAUUUUGCGCCCAAGGCGUACGAAGCCAUCUGCGAGAUCGUCGGCGGCGAAGACCGAAUCACCGAGCCUUCCAAGUCCUGGCGAGACGCGUUCAUCGUCAAUCUGGGCACCAAGGAGAACCAAGGCCAGGAAACUCAUCCCAAGGAGUUGAAUGGCUGGCACGUCGACGGCGAUUUUUUCGUCCACUUCCUCGACUCGCCUGAGCAAGGACUGCUUGUCAUCCCUUUGUUCACGGACAUCCUGCCCAACGGCGGGGGGACGUGGGUCUGCUCCGAAGGGAUCGGGAAGAUCGCGAGGUAUCUGUACGACCACCCUCAGGGCGUGCUGCCGCGAAUGACGCCUAUCAGCCCGUCGGGAGGAGAAACAACGACGACUGAGAACUUUGAAAAUGGACUCGAGUUCUACUCCAGGCUCGUGCAAGGGUGUGCGGAUGAAAGUUUCCACGAAAUGACCGGGGCCGUGGGCGAUGUCAUCCUCUUGCAUCCGUUGAUGGUCCAUUCGGCGUCUAAGAAUGGUCGGCGUCUGCCCAGGAUCAUCACAAAUCCGCCGGUGUCCUUGGUGGAGCCGUUUAAUUUUAACAGAAACGAAAAGGACGAGUACAGUCUCGUGGAGUUGAAGACGAUCAAGGAAGUGGGUGGGCCGGAGAAACUGCGAGGCUGGAAGAUCCAGGGUCAAAGAGGUGAAGUGGUCCCGGAAAGAGUCAAGCGUCAAGCGAGGAUGUUGGAGGAGGAAAAGAAGAGGCUGAGGGAAAAGGGAAAGGAAAGGGAGUUGGGCAGUGGAGCUGCUCAUCUGCAGCAGCAGACUGUUGCUGUCGCUUAGAUAGCAUACUCCGGUCCGGAUAAACUUGGUGUAGCACAACACUCCCUCUGUACCUCGCGCGAUGAAGGAAAGAAGUGAACAAUGAGCCCGCAAGGGGUCGGUCGACAUCACAGUCUGU